AUGGCUACUAGCGGCAGCUUCUUCUACGAUACUGAUAGCAUCACGGGCAACGUCGAGGACGUCGCCAACUACAAACCUGGAGGCUACCACCCGGUCCAUCUUGGCGACGUCUUACCCAAGAAGUCGGGCACUCGUGAACCAAGAUACAGAGUCCUUCAAAAACUUGGCCAUGGUUCCUUUGCAACAGUAUGGCUAGCGCGUGAUACUCAUGGCGAUUAUGGUUUCGUUGCCGUCAAGAUUAGUGUUUCAUGCACCACCGGCACAAAUAACGAGACUAAUAUCCUCCGGUGGCUAAGAGCCAACAAACAGGAUCACGCAGGCAGCGGCCAUGUCAUCCGGCUUCUCGACGACUUUGCUAUUCAAGGUCCUAACGGAACCCACGAGUGCCUGGUCACCGAAGUGGUGAUGAACAUUUCGGAUGUAAAAAACAGCUCCACCCUUCAAGCAAGAACCAAAGACAUUUCAUUUCAGACCAUGUUAGGCCUCUCAUAUCUACACGAGCAAGGAGUGGCACACGGCGACCUUCACUCGGGAAAUAUAGCAGUUAGCUUGCCACAGUUGAAUGAUUGCUUGGAGCAAGAUAUAAUGGACAACGCUUGUCCUGAAUAUGUUCCUGUGAUUGCUCGAAACCCCAUGCACCAGACUGAUUCACUCCCGGCAUAUCUGGUGUCAGCCUUCAAUAUGAUCUAUUACUUCGCCGAAGAAGAUUUGCCUAUAAUUACGGAAGACUCAUGUGUCAAAAUCAUGGAUUUCGGAAAUUCAUUUCGACGAGAAGAUGAGCGGCCACCUCCCAAUACUCCAAGUUAUAUCCGUGCACCUGAGGUCACUUACUGUGAGCUUUCUAAAGGUGAGGUUGGAUCUGAUUGGAACCAUUCCGUGGACAUAUGGCAUGCUGCUUGUACUCUCUAUGAGCUAAAUUUUGGCACGGACAUGCUUGGUAGAAUGGCUGGGGAGAACUAUCUUAUUUACAACAUACUUCAGCUAUCGGGGCUGCCACCGCCUGCCUGGCAACAGUAUUGGGAUAUGGAAAAAUUCUGCAAGGAACAGGGUGUAUUGUCCACAAUAGAUCUCGAAGCUUCCUGGACUGAACGACGUGCCAGACGGAAUAAUUACCUCGCAAAGGUAUCUCCACGUUCAGGUUUGGAGCAAGAUACAGAUCAGCUUAUUGAUUUGUUGCGGAUGAUGCUAAAGAUCGACCCGGAGGAGAGACCGAAGAUAAAUGGCCUGCUAUGCCACUCAUGGUUCGCUGAGUUAGAUCGUGGAGAUCCUAAAUCCUCUCCACUGCCCUUGGCAGACCUCGCAGAUCCAUCAGCAGACCCAGUAGCUAAGGAUUGA